AUAACAUAUUCCCCUAGAAUAAGAUAAGGCCAAACACAACUAUCGCCUUUAGUGAUUAAAAUAUCGAAAUCCAACGCGACAUGACGGCUCAAGUUCGGACACUCCCCACCGAAUCCACAUCUCUCUUCUCUCCAGCUGCUGUACUCACCGAAAUAGAUGAACCUGAGUUUAAGAGACCCAAAGUCAGCAACAGCGAUUCUCUCCAGGAUCUGGCGGAAUCUAAGACUACAAAACAUGUGACUGUAGCUGUCAUUGGCGCUGGUCAACGAGGUCUGGUAUACACUUCAUACGCUCUUGAGCAUCCUGAGCUGGUCAAGGUUGUUGCCGUAGCUGAACCCCGUGCACACAGGCGAAAGGUCAUGUCCCGUCUUCAUUCAGUACCUCCAGAGAACCAGUACGCCAGCUGGGAACCUCUCCUUGCCCGAGGCCGAAUUGCCGACGCCCUACUCAUUACUGUCCUUGACGAUCUCCACGCUGAGCUGGUAAGCGCUUUCGCACCCCUAGGCUACCACAUACUAUGCGAAAAGCCUAUGGCAACCUCGGUACAAGAUUGUGUGAAGAUGGUGAAGGAGGUGGAACUGUCUGGAGCAGGAAUUUUUGGGAUUGGUCAUGUUUUGAGGUAUUCGCCGUAUAAUAGGGCUGUCAAGGAGGUUAUUGAUUCUGGAGUAUUGGGGGAGAUUGUGAACAUCCAACAUAUUGAGCCUGUAGGAAACCAACACUUUGCUCAUAGCUUUGUUCGAGGCAACUGGAAGAAAGAGUCUGAAUCCACUUUUGCUCUUAUGGCCAAAAGCUGCCACGACCUUGAUAUCCUCUCAUUCUAUCUCUCCGGUCUUGAACCUCGGAAAGUUCAUUCCUUCGGCUCUAUACACCACUUCAAGAACUCGAAGAAACCAGCGGAAGCGGGGGAUGCUAAAAGGUGUUUAGAAUGCGCGUUCGAAAAGGACUGUGUGUGGAGCGCAAAGAAAAUCUAUAUUGAUGGUUUAAAGGAUGAGGGACACAAGUGGGCUCAACACAUUGUUGAUGCGGAUGUUCUCGAUAUCGAAAACGUGACUGAUGCGUUGAAGACUGGUCCUUUUGGCGUUUGUGUCUACGAAGCAGGUAAUGAUGUGGUGGACCAUCAGGUAGUGAAUAUCGAAUACGAAGGAGGAGUCACCGCGAGUAUGACUAUGGUUGCUUUUACCGAGGCCAUUUGUGAUCGAGGUACUAGGAUCCAGGGGACCAAAGGUGAACUGAUCGGCAAUAUGGCUUCCUUUACUGUCUUCGAUUUCCUCACUCGUACCAAAACUCAGCACACUCCCAAGUCGCUCCCAGGUAACCAUGGUGGAGGCGACGCAGGUCUUUCAGAGACAUUUUUUGAAGCUGUUAGCAAGUCUGAUCAGAGCGUACUGGGUGUAACACCGGAAGAAGUAUUGAAUUCGCAUUUACUUGCGUUUGCUGCUGAGCAGGCCAGAAAAGAGGGGAGGGUGGUAGAUUUCGCAGAGUUUAAAGAUAAGGCUAUGGCGUAUUAAAGGUAGUCGGCGAAAAAUGAUAUGUGUACAAUCUUAAUUGUAUUAUUGUAAAUGGGAAUUUGCUAGUUUUGUAUUGA